AUGGCUGCAAACUUACUGAUGUCUGAUGUCUCUUGUACCGGUCCAUAUUUCUUUCAUGAUGAUUUCUAUUUAGAUCGAAUGCAAUCGCCUCAAGAACUUGAAUCAACGGAAAUUGAAUCAAGUGCAAACACAUCAAGAAUGGAAAGUACUCCUGAAGUGGUUGUUAUUGGAUCGAAUGAUGGAGACGAUGUUGUGGCAGUCGUUGAUGGUGGUAGAGAAAAGGCCAACAUAGUCAACAAUGAAGAAUCUACUCCAUAUGCUAAAAGGAAAAGAAAGAAGACUUCAGGAGUUUGGGAACAUUUUCACUUGGUGAAGUUGGCUAAUGGAACUGAAGUUUGUGAGUGCAUCCAUUAUGGUGAGAAGAUAAAGAAACUUAAAGAUGGAACCACCACACCAUUGCAUAGGCAUAUUAGUGAUUGCUCAAAGUUAAGAGCCGUCAACACCAUUCAUCCAGGUCAGUUAAAGUUAAAGGUUGUGCCGGGAAAAUUAGAUUCUUCUAUGGUCCAAAACUGGAAAUUUGACAAUAGUAGGAUUAGAGAGGUUGUUUCUCACAUGAUUAUGGUUCAUGAAUUGCCAUUUAAUUUUGUUGAGUAUGAAUUAUUUAAUGUGGUUAUGAAGGAAGCUAACUCCGGAUUUAACAAGAUUUCACGUGCAUCGGCUAAGCAAGAUUGUGUUGCUAGUUAUGAGAUAGGCAAGAAAAGAAUCAAGAAAAUGUUAAACACUGUCAAUCGUGUGAGUAUAACAACUGAUAUGUGGACGUUAGUGCAGAAUAUUCAUUAUAUGGUUGUUACUUGUCAUUUUGUAGAUUCCGAUUUCAAGCUUAACAAAUGCAUACUGAGUUUUGUUGAUGUACCACCACCUUAUUCUGGACUAUGUAUAUAUGAUUCCCUCUUUAAGUGUUUAAAAGAGUGGAAUAUUGAGACWAAGGUUGCUACUUUGACGGUUGACAAUGCUACAACUAAUGAUGUGGUGGCUACAAAGUUGAUGAAAAUUAUGAAUCUUCAGAAAAAACUUGUUGUUGGAGGGAAGUUAUUCCAUGUGCGAUGUUGUGCACACAUUCUCAAUUUGUUGGUUCAAGAUAGUUUAUCGGAAAUUAAAGACAUUAUUCACAAUGUUCGUGAGAGUGUGAAACACGCCUUGGAGUUUAAAGAAGUGUUUGUAAACUAUGCCGAUCGAGAAUCAACGUACAAGACCUUGCCGACCUCGGAAGGCUGGGACAAAGUUGAAGUUAUUUGCUCCUUCUUGGGGCUUUUCAAUGAGGUUACAAAAAUAAUUUCAGGCUCCGAAUAUCCUACCUCUAAUUUGUUUCUUAGUGAGUUGUAUGGGAUUAAAGAAGCAUUAGAUGAUUUGUCUUUAGAUGAGAAUCCUAGAUACAAGAUGAAGUUGGUUGAGUUCUCUUUUAGUUCCAUUUAUUCAGCGGAUGAGGCAUCUAAGCAAAUGAAAAUUGUUCAAGAUACUCUUACUAAAAUGUUUGAAGAGCAUGUUGAACAACAUAGAGCGGCUAAUAUUGUUCAAAUAAGUAGUGCACCCGAAAAGAGUGAGAGUGAAGUUAAAAGUGGUUAUAACAAGUUAAGUUCUAGAGUUGGUGUCAAGAGUGGCACGGAAAAGUAUGAUCAACAUAUCAGAAGCGUUGACACUUUUGCAAGUGUGAAGUUAGAGUUAGACAUUUAUUUAGAAGAAGGCGUGUACAUUGGUGAUUCAGGUGCAUAUUUUGAUGCCUUGGAAUGGUGGAAGGAGAAAAAUCUGAAGUUUAGAAUUUUGUCUAAAAUGGCUACUGAUGUUUUGGCAAUUCCGAUAACUAUUGUUGCUUCAGAAUCAGCUUUUAGUGUUGGUGGGAGAGUUAUCGAUGCUCAUCGCGCCUCUUUAGGGACGAAGACGGUAGAUAUGCUCAUUUACAGAGCUGAUUGGUAUCGUCAUCAUUAUAGACUACACAAAAAGAAAACCAAGAAAACUGAUGAUAUGAUAUAUAUUGAACUUCCAUGA